UUGAGGUGCCAUGGUGCUGAAAGUAUCUUAGGGAGGAGAGGCCGAGUGGACCGUGCGGUUACAGAGGACUCGGAGAAGGGGCCAUGUCAGCAGAGGGUAAUCAGCAGGAGGGGAACCCCAGGCACUGCGGCGACGAUCCGCCUGAGCAGCGACUCUACUCCGACUCAACGCUGCGCUGCAUCGCGGAGCUGCGGGAACGGGCAUUGAAACACAGCGCAAACUGGCCGCUCGGUCUCCGCAAUGAAUUCCUGCUCAGGUUUCUGAGAGCCCGCGACUUCAACAUCGAGCUGGCGCUGAAGCUGCUGGCCAAUUAUCAUAAGUGGAGAGCAGAGUGCCCUGAGAUCUGUGCAGAUCUGAGGCCUUUAACAGUCAUGGGCCUCCUGAAGGUCGGUUACCAUGGCGUUUUAAGGUCUCGUGAUUCCAGUGGAAGCAGGGUUUUAAUAUACAAAAUUGAACACUGGGAUCCCAAGCUUUUCACAGCCUACGAAGUGUUUCGUGUCAGUCUUAUUACAUCAGAACUAAUUGUGAAGGAGGUGAAAACCCAACUGAAUGGUGUGAAGGUUAUUUUUGAUCUUUGUGGCUGGCGAUUUGCUCAUGCUCUGCAGAUCAGUCCAACUGUUGCCAAAAGAAUUGCUGCUGUGGUUGUAGAUUCCUUUCCAUUGAAGGUCCGAGGUAUUCACAUGAUCAAUGAGCCCGUACUGUUUGAUUCAGUCUUUGUCUUAAUUAAACCAUUCCUGUCAGAAAAAAUCAAACAGCGUAUUCACAUGCAUGGAAGCAAUUACCAGCACAGCCUUUGUAAGCACUUUCCAGCUCCGAUUCUUCCCCCUGAAUAUGGUGGCCAAGGACCUGCUUAUGAGGAGGUCUGUCAGGAAUGGACCGAAUUUGUCCUGCAGUCUGAGAAAGAUCUUCUUGAACUUUCACUAGUUACUUGAUACUUCAUGCCAAAAUGUCCACUGUUUGAACAGCACUACUGUACAUCGCUUUUGUUAAUUAAUGUAAUAUAACUGCAAAGACUAACUAUGUUUUAUAGAACAAGCAGGUAUCAAGUUAUGCACUAUGAUGUAGUAUAAGCAGAAAUUAAUUUUAAAAGCUAUCAAAUUUGAACAAAGUAUUUGGUUUUUGAUAUUUCAGAUUACAGUAAAUUAAGCUUUUAUUACUAUGUAUUUUGGUUUCUGAAUGCAUUGUCUUAAAGUUUAAUACUUAAAGCUUUAGGAACAGAUACCUUCUGCAGUGGUUCAACUAAUUUGUUCACUCAGUUUUAAUAGUUGCCCUUUUGAAAUAGAAUCCUUUACCGUGUGCUGAAAACAUACCAAAAGCCUGUUGUAAGAGGCAAAUACGUGCUGUAUUUUUAUUUGCCAUUGCAAUCGUUUUGGAAAGAAAAGUGCAAAAAUCCAUGACUUAUAUGCAACAAGAACAAAACAGUAAAAUCUACAAGGCUCUUCUGUAUCCUGGGG